UACCGCCGACGAGGCGAGGCAGCAGAGCAGGGAGGUGCUCGAACCUUCCAGGGCGCCAUGCCCCAAGCCACCACGGCCUCCGCCGCAGCGGCGACGGCGAGGCUCCCCCGCGAUGCCCUCCUCCGUAUCGCGCCCCGCCGCUCCGCGGGCUCAUCCGCCUCCGUCAAGUCCUCCCUCCUCGCCUCUCUCUUCCCUUCCGCUUCCCCGUCCCUGCCCCAGCGGGCGGGCAAGGAGGCAGCGGCCUGCUACUCUUCUGCGCCGCCGCAGUCGCGAGCUCCGCGGAGCCCCCCGCGCUGCACCCGGCGGCCCUCGCGAGGGCGGAUGCCGGAGGUUGUGCCUCCUCCCAAGUCCCAAGGCCGUGGUGGAGGAGUCGUGCCAUGAAGCUGACAACGACGAGAUUGGGGCUGUGAAGCCGCCCAAGGAGCAUGCUAUGGUCACGGCGCACCAGUUCGGGUGGCUGGUGUUUCAGGUUUGUUACCCUAAGCUUGGGUGUUUGUGUUGGUUAGUACUCUGACGACAUUGGAUACCGGAAGUUAAGGUCUGACCACAGGUGGUAACGGAUGUGAUCCUGUUCACUGUUCAACUUGAUUUUUAUUAUUUUUAACUUAAAAUUGCAUAAGAUUAUAGUUCGCUCUUUCUAGUUUAGAUAAUCUAAAGUUUUGAAGUCCUUUACCACCGCUGUUCAUUGUUCAGUUUCUUAGUCUGGAUUGUAUAUUAGUGCCAACUUUGUCUUAGUAGCAUCUACUCAAUUUUGGUUGCUAUAAGUACAGUUCAACCCUCGGUCCUGUUGACGAACAUUGUUCCAUAUAAUUGGCCGGAACAGGGAAUGGUUAGUUUCAUACACAAAGCAAAGAAUGUGACAGAAUUUUUUGCACCGGAAAGUAAAGAAAGGAUCUUUUACCUGAGGGUGUGAGUCUACGAAGAGGUAGAUGUCAGAGUCGAGGUCGAUGGCAAUGGCAUGGAGGAGAGCUGGCUGAUGACAGCCAUCUGAAGCCUUCGAUCUCGUCGCCGAGGAAGACGAUGCGCUCCAGGAGGACCAUGAGGUCGCUGGUGCUGGACCCAACGCUGGCGUCAUCCACUGAGUGGCACGACCGCCUGACGCCUACAGCACCAUCCCAUCAUCCACCCAAUUCUGAUCUUACUGCGAGGACGACCACAACCCCAACCUGCGCAGCGCAACCCACCCGACCCGACUCUUUUAUUUCAUCCGUUCCUGUUCCUGUGAUCCUGUCCUCGCGUCGCCAACGCUCGCGGAGCAAGGAGCCGGUUCCAUCCCCCCCCCCCCGGUCUUCCUCCCUCGCAUGGAGUCGGACGCGUCCAGCUCCCCGCGGCGGCGGAGCACGAGCUGCUACAGCGACAGCGGCGACUCCUCCUGCUCGGAGCCCUUCAGUGAGUGCGGCAGCGACGACCUCUCCUUCACGCCCGGCGCCGCGGCGGCGGGCAUCCACCGCCUGCUGCUGUCCUGCGCGUCGGAGGCGUCGGAGGACGCCAUCUCGUCUCUGGUGGCCGAGCUGGAGUCCCCCUCGCCGUCGCUGGACUCGCUCCGGCGCGCGGCCAUGGAGCUCCGGCUGCUGGCCAAGCACAACCCGGACAACCGCGUCCGCAUCGCCGCGGUGGGGGGCGUGCGGCCGCUCGUCCGGCUGCUGUCGCACGCGGACCCGCUGCUGCAGGAGCACGGCGUCACGGCGCUGCUCAACCUCUCCAUCUGCGACGGGAACAAGGCGGCCAUCGCGGCGGCGGGCGCGGUGCGGCCGCUGGUGCACGCGCUCAAGUCCGCCGCGUCGCCCGCCGCGCGGGAGAACGCCGCGUGCGCGCUGCUCCGGCUGGCCCAGCUCGACGGCGCCACCGCGGCCGCCGUCGGCCGCGCGGGCGCCGUCCCGCUGCUGGUCUCCCUCCUCGAGGCCGGCGGCGCGCGCGGGAAGAAGGACGCCGCCACCGCGCUCUACGCGCUCUGCGGCGGGGCGCGCGAGAACCGGCAGCGCGCCGUCGAGGCCGGCGCCGUGCGGCCCCUGCUCGACCUCAUGGCCGACCCGGAGUCCGGCAUGGUGGACAAGGCCGCCUACGUGCUCCACUCCCUCGUGGGCUCCGGCGAGGGCCGCGCCGCCGCCGUCGAGGAGGGCGGCAUCCCCGUCCUGGUCGAGAUGGUGGAGGCGGGCACCUCGCGGCAGAAGGAGAUCGCCACGCUCUCCCUCCUGCAGAUCUGCGACGACAACGCCGCCUACCGCACCAUGGUCGCCCGCGAGGGCGCCAUCCCGCCCCUCGUCGCCCUCUCCCAGUCAUCCUCCGCCCGCCCCAAGCUCCGGGCCAAGGCGGAGUCGCUGAUCGAGAUGCUGCGGCAGCCGCGGAGCCCGAGCCUCCGCGCGAGGCCGGCGGCGGCGGUCGUUGCGGCGGAGUGACGUCUUCCCCUUCGCAACCGGGCGAUCCCAUUCCCACCUCGGCCGUUCGUUCGUGCCAACUUCCUUCCUCCACUUCUUCGACGGGACGAGCCGGCGCGCGUGUAAGUAGCAGGCAGCGUGUUUGCGUCCGCGAUCGAGUGUGCAGUUUCCUCAAGCGAGAUGUCGCCGAAGAACAGUCUAGCUCUAGCCUCCCUCCCUGUAACUUCCUUUCCUUUCUGCUCCAUUUCCAGUUUCCACUUCCCAGUCUGGUUGCUUCCUCGCCGCCGGCCGCGGCGAGGCGAAGCUAAGCAAGGGUGUGUGCCGCGAAGCUGCAGAAAGGAGCUUCGUGCUCGCGCGUCUCCUUCCCGUGUGGGUCGGAUUGUGCUAGCCUCAGCGUGUGACGUGCGCGCGCGUGCUGCGUCAGGAACGAAUCCAAAAGUUGGUUUCCGAUCCUGUGGUGGAUGCGAGAAGGAAA